CACCACCACCACUACCGCCGGCAAAAUAACGGAACACGGUUAAUGGCGGCGAGGAAAACACGACACUUAGUUCGCAGACAGAGAUCGCGGCGGACAGACCUGCCUCAGCUAACCUUCCUCCACCCAGCCCAGCCUAGGCCAUCACUCACCCCUUCUUCAGGAGACUCACGCCCUUGGAAACACCGGGAUGAAGCUUUACUGUCUUACCCUGAGUCUGUCCGCCCUUGUGGUCACGGCGGCACUCACCCACGCGAAGGACAGAGACUACAACGCAAAAGUCACUCCUGAAGAAGGCACUAAAGAACUUGCCGCCUCGUCUAACCGCGCCACGACCUACUCCUCGCUUCUGACGCUCAAUGUCUCCAACGCAAUCGUCGUAGCGCUCUUUGCCGCGGCGGGAGCUUUCUACUACACCGGCAUCCCCUUCGUCAGUAUCCGCAGGUCUGUCUCUGAUUUCUGGGACUCCUUCGGGAUCGUUGACUUCAUGGACUCAGGUCUCUCCCGCGUGUGGGACUCCGGGCUGUCUGACGCGCUGGCCGCCCUCGUUCCCGUGGUUCAGGAAGCCCUUCGCGUCUACAGUGAGACUUACUCGUAGUGUGAGGGUGAGUACGGAGGACCCCCGCCCCCCACACCACCAGGCACAUCCCAGCAGGUGCCCCCUCCCAACACCUGGCCUCACGCGGGUGUGGGGAAGAAAUACCUGUGGAAGAAUGUACUUUGCUUCUAACUGAUCUGAAAGGCAUUAACUGUUUACCUGUGUAUUAAUUAAGGAUUUGGUUGUGACUCGCGGCUCGUAGUGAGUUAGUCUCUUGUGGGUGUUGUGUGUGUCUUUGUUGUUGUUAUUGUUGUUUACUUGUAAGGUGGGGUUUAUUUAUUUGUUUAUUUAUUUAUUUAUUUAUUUUAUUUAUUUAUUUAUUUAUUUUAUUAUUUUUAUUUUAUUGUAUUUAUCUGUUGUUGUCGUCGUCGUUGUUGUUGUUGAGGAAAAUACAUAAUUUUGUGUGUGUUUUGUUGUUGUUUUUGUUAUUGUUCAUGUUUUUUUGUUGUUUAUGCUUAUGUUGUUUUUUUCGUUUUUAUUAUUGAGGUACAGAAAUUAUAUUGUUUGUGUGUGUUUGGUUGUUGUUGAUGUUGUUGUUAUUGAUGUUCUUAUGCUUGUUGUUUACUUGUAAGGUGAACUACUUGACCAGUUGUUGAGGGAAAUAAUUGUGUGUAUGUGUGUGUGUGUGUGUGUGUGUGUGUGUGUGUGUGUGUGUGUGUGUGUGUGUGUGUGUGUUGUUUUUGUUCUUAUUUUUGUUUUUAUGAAAAGAAAUUAUUUUGUGUCUUUUGUUGUUCUUGUUCUUGUUUGUUUGUUUGUUUGUUUAUUUUCUGCGGUGAAUUAUUUGAUUUGUUACAGAGGAAAAGAGGUAAUCUUGUGUGUGUCUGUUUUGUUAUUCAGAGGAAAAUACUUGUCUGUGUGUUAUUUUGCGUUUAUUGUUGUUGUUGUUGUUGUUGUUGUUAUUAUUAUUAUUAUUAUUAUUAUUAUUAUUAUUAUUAUUAUUAUUAUUAUUAUUAUUAUUAUUACUGUUGUAUUUUCACCGGGUUUUGACUUAAGUUUCUCAUUCCUUCCAUUUUCCAUUUUGCUUACUCUUAUUUUACUUUAUUCACUUAUAUUCUUUCUAUUUAUUUAUUUGUUUACUCCUAUCCUUACUAUAUUUCCAUUCUGUUUCCUCUUCUCGCUGUCACAACUAACACGUGGUUUCUGAUUAUUUCCACUUUUCCAUUUUGCUUACUCUUAUUCAACGUUAUUCACUUUUAUUCUUCGUGUUUAUCUACUUAUUCAUUCCUCUCCUUACAAUAUUUCCAUUCUACCUCCUCUUCCCGCUGGCACAACUAACAUAACACGUGGCAUGUACUGUACAACGAAGAAUAAAGGCAUUGACUGUAUGAACACCUA